AUGGUUAUUAUAUUGACACAUGCCAGGAUAAAAGAUGCACAGGGAAGUUAUCCAGCUUCAGUGAGCAAUUCCUUCAAGGCGUCAAAACUAUUAAUUAAUGAUCGUAUAUUGGAAAUUCAGGAAUUUAAAGAGAAGCUUUUAGAUUUAGGUGUUGAGGUGAGUCGAGUUUUGCUACCUGGCGAUCAAGCAAGCUCACAAGUUUCAGGGGGAACCUGUGCUCAAUGUCAUAAGAAAACUGACAUCCAAACAGGACCAUUCACAUGUGGAUGUGGCAAGGAUAAUGAUCAUCCUGUUCUGAGGUAUAGAGUUGAAGUCAUGGUUACCCAAAACAAUGAGAGUAGUAAAUUUUUGCUCUGGGACCGUGAAUGUGCUGAAUUGAUUGGUGAAACAGCUGAUGAUGUGAAUAGGGUCAAGAUUGAACUGGUGAAUUUGUGUUGUUUUUGGCAAGAUGGUGAUCUUGAUUUGAAUGCUUCCCCUCAAGCACUUGACAAAUUGUUGGGUCAUGUGCUUGCUUUUAAGGUCAGGAUUCAAUCAAAAUUCAAAAAUGCAGUUGUACUUAGAUACUCAAAAGACCUGGAUUUGAUCAAUGUUGUUCUCGAGAUGCUGCCUGAUAGUGAGCAAUCUCUGUCUGUCACAGCUGACCAUGAUCCGGUUGCAGGAUUGCCUUUAACACCCAAAAAGCGGAUGUCAUCUGAUGAAGCCGAUGAUGAGUUAGGGAGCUCUCAAAUUUCGCCAGCCCAACUAUCGUCUAACAAAUUAACAAGACAUUCUCAUAAGAGCUAA